AUGAAUGAAUAGAAAUUGCGAGAAAUGAUGAAAAUAUACACUGUCUCCAAAUAAGUCAAUAAAAAAGCUGAAAAAAAUUUCCUAAAGUUUUCCCAUCAGUUCUAUAAAAUGCAUAAAUCCGAUAUGGCUCCUGAAUUGCUGAAUGAGAUCAAUUCUCUAAGGCAACAAAUCAAAGUUGAAAAACAAAAUUUCUCAAAAUAAACAUCUCCCAUCAUCAGUCCACGUCUUUCUGAAAACCCUAAAUCUAUUAUACCUAAUUAAACCCCAAUCUCAGAUUUAGUUAAUGAAAAUAAAUAAAAAUUAGAUUCUAUUGUUUUAGAGGCCGCCCAUGCUUAAAUAUUCAAAUUAUACAUAGAAGAAAUUAAAGACUUAAAGCAAUGUAUAAAGUUUAUGUAAAUUUUAAUUAGAACUAAAUAAAGCGAAUCAAAUGAUUGAAACCUAAAAAAAAUAAUAUGAUAUAAGACUUGAAAGUAUUUUUAUUAUUUAUUUCAGCCAUCAAUAAUUAGUUAGUGGAUUAGAAACGAAUAAAUGAAGAUCUAAAAAAAGAUGUAAUAAAAUAAAUAAUAUAGGUAAAAGUAUUGAAGUAAAUGUUAAUGGAAAAAUUGCAUACUCGCCAAAUAACAGAAAUAUCAAAUAAAACUCAAAAUGAAAGUCUAGAAAAAUACUAAAGUAUCAAUACUUCAACAUCCAAUUCUUGUCUUACCAGAAAAAAGAGCUUAGACAAUUUUAAAUCCGAGAUAGAGCAGGCUCUUAACAUUUAUCGUCUUGACAAAUAAAAUACUUAGUGUUAGGAGAUUAGGACAUAAAAAUGAAUUUUAUUUAUAUAUGAG